UUUGUCCGCCAUAUUUUAGAACGAGAAGGUAGCUUUUGGUCGAAAAUGCCGGAUUAUUUAGGAAAAGAUCAAAGAAAAACCAAGAAUGACGAUGACAAAGAGGAGAAACCAAUUCAAGCACUCGAUGAAGGAGAUAUCGAAAUUCUAAAGACUUAUGGUGCUGGAUUGUACAGCAGGUCAAUAAAAAAGGUUGAAGAGGGUAUACAAGGAACAUUAAAGAAAGUCAAUGAAUUGACAGGUAUUAAAGAAUCUGAUACUGGCCUUGCUCCUCCUGCUUUGUGGGAUUUGGCAGCAGAUAAACAAACUCUCCAAGGAGAACAACCCUUGCAGGUUGCAAGAUGUACAAAGAUAAUCAAUGCAGAUACAGAUGAUGCCAAAUAUGUGAUUAAUGUCAAACAGUUUGCCAAGUUUGUUGUUGAUCUAGGUGAUCAAGUUGCUCCCACAGAUAUUGAAGAAGGAAUGAGAGUUGGGGUUGACAGAAACAAGUACCAAAUUCACAUACCUCUGCCACCAAAGAUUGACCCAACAGUGACUAUGAUGCAGGUUGAAGAGAAGCCAGAUGUGACUUACUCAGAUGUGGGAGGGUGCAAAGAACAGAUUGAAAAGCUUAGAGAAGUUGUAGAAACUCCACUUCUGCAUCCUGAACGGUUUGUUAAUCUAGGUAUUGAACCACCCAAAGGGGUUCUCUUGUUUGGUCCUCCUGGAACAGGGAAAACAUUGUGUGCCAGGGCUGUGGCCAACAGGACUGAUGCUUGUUUUAUCAGAGUAAUUGGAUCAGAACUGGUACAGAAAUAUGUGGGAGAGGGAGCAAGAAUGGUGCGUGAGCUGUUUGAAAUGGCAAGAACUAAGAAAGCAUGCAUUAUUUUCUUUGAUGAAAUUGAUGCUAUUGGAGGAACUCGUUUUGAUGAUGGUGCUGGUGGUGAUAAUGAGGUUCAACGAACAAUGUUGGAGCUUAUAAACCAGCUGGAUGGAUUUGAUCCCAGAGGAAACAUCAAAGUUCUCAUGGCAACAAAUCGACCUGACACACUUGAUCCUGCUUUAACCAGACCAGGAAGACUGGACAGAAAAAUAGAAUUUAGUCUUCCAGAUUUGGAGGGACGAGCUCAUAUAUUUAAAAUCCAUGCCCGAUCCAUGAGUGUAGAACGUGACAUUCGCUAUGAAUUACUGGCAAGAUUGUGCCCAAAUACCACAGGUGCUGAAAUUCGCAGUGUUUGUACAGAAGCAGGCAUGUUCGCAAUUCGUUCAAGGAGAAAAGUUGCUACAGAAAAGGAUUUCCUCGAGGCUGUGAAUAAAGUCAUCAAGGCUUACGCCAAGUUCAGUGCCACACCACGCUAUAUGACUUACAAUUAGAAAAGAAGAAAACUGAGAAGAAACCAGCUAAAAAAAUUUACAUCAAUGUUAGUCUCUAGUGAAGAUAUUAGCCGAUUUCUCUCUCUCCACUCAGUGGAGCAUUUUUGCAAACUGAAUGUCAUGUAGAGCUUUGUAAAGUUUAUGUUUUGUUGUAAGGAGCUAGGAGAAUUGUAUAUGUCACGCUCACUGUAUGCGUUUGGUAAAUAAAGUGCAAAUGAACCAUAUAAAA